AUGCCCUCGGUGAUGGAGAAGCCGAGCGCAGGCUCCGGGAUCCUGUCCCGCAGCCGGGCCAAGACGGCGCCCAACGGCGGCCAGGCGCACUCGGAGGAUGACAGCAGCGAGGAGGAGCACUCGCACGACAGCAUGAUCCGCGUUGGAACCAAUUACCAGGCGGUCAUUCCUGAGUGCAAGCCCGAGAGCCCAGCUCGCUACAGCAACAAGGAGUUGAAGGGGAUGCUGGUUUGGUCACCCAACCACUGCGUGUCAGAUGCCAAGUUGGACAAGUACAUUGCCAUGGCCAAGGAGAAGCAUGGUUACAACAUCGAGCAGGCUCUGGGCAUGCUGUUGUGGCACAAGCACGAUGUGGAGAAGUCACUGGCCGACCUGGCCAACUUCACCCCGUUCCCCGACGAGUGGACGGUGGAGGACAAGGUGCUGUUUGAGCAGGCCUUUGGGUUCCAUGGCAAGUGCUUCCAGAGGAUUCAGCAGAUGCUGCCUGACAAGCUGAUUCCAAGCCUGGUGAAGUAUUACUACUCUUGGAAGAAGACCCGCAGCCGCACCAGUGUGAUGGACAGGCAGGCACGGCGGCUGGGGGGCCGCAAGGACAAGGAGGACAGCGAUGAGCUGGACGAGGGCCGAGGAGCUGUGAGUGAGGGUGAGCCAGAUGCCGGGGACACCAAGAGAGAGCCUGUGCCCUCUAGGCCCCUCAAUGCCCGCCCAGGCCCCGGGAAGAAGGAGGUGCAGGCGUCACAGUAUCGCCACCACCCGCUGCGCACCCGGAGGCGCCCCCCAAAGGGCAUGUACCUGAGCCCAGAGGGCCUCACUGCGGUGUCUGGAAGUCCAGACCUGGCCAACCUCACCCUGCGAGGGCUGGACUCACAGCUCAUCUCACUCAAGCGCCAGGUGCAGAGCAUGAAGCAGACCAACAGCAGCCUGCGCCAGGCCCUGGAAGGUGGCAUCGACCCGCUGCGUCCCCCUGAGGCCAAUACCAAAUUCAACUCUCGUUGGACCACUGAUGAACAGCUUUUGGCCGUGCAAGCCAUCCGGCGGUAUGGCCGAGACUUUGGGGCCGUUGCCGAGGUGAUAGGGAACAAGACACUGACGCAGGUGAAGACCUUCUUCGUGAGCUACCGGCGGCGUUUCAACCUGGAGGAGGUGCUGCAGGAAUGGGAGGCUGAGCAGGAUGGGGCGUCCGGGGCCCCAGUGCCCACGGAAGAGGCUCGGAGAGGGGCUCCGGUGCCAGCUCCCGCCCCUGUGCCUGCGCCCGCCCCUGAGGAGGAGGAUGAGGUGCAGAUCACCUUGGUCUCCACCUCUGCACCCCGAGCUGCGCCUCCAGCUCCGCCGCCGCCCCCUCCGCCUGCUUCGCUGUCCCAGCCACCUCCACUGCUGAGGCCUCCGCUGCCCACGGCCCCCACGCUGCUGCGCCAGCCGCCUCCGCUGCAGCAGGGCCGCUUCCUGCAGCCCCGGUUGGCCCCCAACCAGCCCCCGCCGCCGCUCAUCCGCCCUGCCCUGGCCUCCCGACACAGUGCCCGGCCCAGCCCCCAGCCCCCUCCCUCUCUGAUCGGAGCCCCACUGGAGCCUCCUGCGCCCUCACUCUGA